AUGGUAGGAAAAAGAGCUGGAGAAGUAAGGAAUAAGGAAAUCAAUAAUGCAAUAUUGGAGACGCAAGUUCAAAAAGGGGAAAUACAAGUUACAGGUAGAGAUGACAUCUUAGCAAGAGCAUUGGACAAGCCAGAACGGGUUGGUUCUAUUAGGGGUGUUGGAUCUGGAGUAACUAACACAGAGUACUUUGGGUUCAACAAACCACCUGCACCUAGCGAAGUCAAUGCUAAAAUGAAUGCGAUGAACUCAAAGAUGGCAUCUAUGAUGAAGCAGCAGAAUUUUAUAGUAUCAUUCAUAAUGUCAUGCUUGAACCAAGAGCAAUUGAGAGCAUUAAUGGCUGGUGGUGCUCAGCAAGGUGUUUUUGGUGGUGACACUGAGGGAUGGAGUGACUGUUGCUUGGAAAUUGAGGGAAGCGACAAAUCUCUACAAGUUGUUGCUAACUAUAAAGUCCUCACAGAAAGCAGCACCGAAGUUCUUGGCAAUCAUAACACAUCGUUGCCCCCUGGUCACCGUCGAGUCACCAUUACAGAAGAUAUUGUGCCAACUGCUCCUCUGCAAUGCCCAAACGAUGAAUUGCUUUUUGUAUGUCAUGCUAAGAGAUCUUAUACAGCUUGGCCUAAUCAUUUGAUUUUCCCCAAAAAGGCGAACAACCAAUCAGAUAAAGAAGUUGAUGUGACCACACCAUCCCCACAAUCUACAUCCUCCCACGCAUCAACAACUCGUAAGUAUGUUAUUACCGACAAGGAUCGUGAGAAGGUGACAUCUACUUUGAUGCGUCUUAUGAGAAAAAAAGCUAUGGGGAUGCAAAAGACCGGCGAUACCAUCUCUAUCACUAUUCUAGAGAGCAUGUUUCUUAAUGAAAAUGGGUUAAAUGUUUCACUUGAUUAUGAAGACUUGCUUGAUUGGUGUUUCCAAAGGGAGGUUGGAGAAUCGCAAAUGAAUAUAUUCAUGAAGUAAGUUCACCUCCAAUUUAGUUUCUAAUUACAAUGUGGAAAAUUUUUGGUCCAUUCUCUUAUAUAUUUACAACU